AUGAUCUCAGGCGGUCGUGGAGGAUGUCCAGCUGGUGGAGUGGCAGCCGUGAUUGCGCGGGUGCGCGCGGUGCUGAAGGGAGGUCAGGAGCAGUCAGCCGGUUUUCACGGACCUCCCGGACCCUCCUCAGCUGAAGAGGGGAGUCCCUCAGCCGAAACUGAAGAGAACAACCUAGUGCGGGAACUUGGCUCAACAUCGUCUAGAUACGCCUUUGUACAACAGGGGGAUCGCAGAGGACGUAAACUCUGGAUCGUAAGUGCCCACGCCGCUACGGAACUGGAACAACAAUCCAGAAAAUGGUCUGAGAAGGAAGUUGCGUCGUCAACGCAACAAGACCGCGAUAACGAGUGGACGUCAAGAUCGAAGGAAUUUGAAAAGGCGUGGGAAGGCAAGAACCCGCGGAAAGCCUAUGCUUUAUUAAAGCAGUAUAGCGGCAAGUUGGAAAGAUGUUCCCCUGUCCUCAACGUUGCCAAUGGGGUAGCUGUCGGUGAAGCAACCCUUCCAAUUUGGAAGGAACACUUCAAGACAUUGCUGAACCCGCUCAGCUUAUUAGCUCGAGCACGUUCAUAG